UAUUGCUAUUACUGAGCUGUGGGCUUCAGAAGGUUCCAAGUUGCGCUGGUUCAGACCCAAUCCGUCAGUCGGUUUCAAGCCGUCGCCGUUCAUAGUCACAAGACACAGACAAGAGCUUCGUUGUUAGCUACUAGUUCACCAAACCAUCCGAUUUUUGUGUAGCCAGCGUUAACGAACCGGAAAGCAUCGAAAGAUCGAUUUUUGCAUUCGAGUCGCGACGCCGGAUUUGGACACCUUUCCAAAUUAAGUCAACACAGUUUUAAAAUGCGGAUUCCAUUAUCACUCGCCUGUGCCUGUGCACUGUUUUGUGUCGCAGCCGCAGCUCAAAGUUUCAAAUCACAACCAGCACAGUUCAGCAAUGGCCACACCAGUUCGGAGGAAUCCGUGAGAGACUCAGUGCCAGCGGCGGCCGGAAACGUAGCCUACCGGGCGAGGCCAUCGUACUCAUCCGCUCAGUAUAGCUCCGAAGAAGAGGAGGAAGAGCCGCAGCAAACUUUCACCCGCCGACAGCAUCAUCCGCAGCAGGAGAAGAAAGGCAAGAAGGCGUCCUACUCCAGUGAAGAGCUCGAGGUAGAAGAAGAGCCCGAUCGGUUGUCGCUGCUGUUGGAGAAAUCGGACUUCCACUGUUCCGGACGCACCACCGGAUACUAUGCCGAUGAAUCUCUAGGGUGCGAAGUGUUCCACUAUUGUCAGGAGAAUCAGAAACAUUCCUGGAUCUGCCCGGAAGGCUUCACCUUCCAUCAGGUGCACCUCAUCUGUAUGCCACCCUCGAGCGACAACAUCUGCGAUCAAUCGUCGAAGUACCACUUCAUCAACGACUACCUGUACAAACCAAUCAACAUGGAAGAGCACAUGAGCAAACCUAAUGUUUCCCUUAGAUACUCGGAACGGUACUACCCAGAGAGCUUCUAUGUUGAUGAGCGACACUACGACUACGAACGGCAGCAGCGCAACCACGAGGAACGUCGUCAACCGGUGGUCCAGAACAAGCAACAGUCCUAUCACGCACCCCAACAGCAAACGAUCCGUAAACAGCCGGCCUACAACAAUGGACCAACUACGCCCUCCAAUCGGAUAUCGUCUUCGACGGCAGCUUCAGUCCAGAGCGUGUACCGCAACCCCGAAGAGAUCAAUAUCUCGCUGCAGCAGAGAAGGCCUUCCUACUCUCAGACGACUCCACGCUACGAAGAGGAAGACGAGUAUGGAAGCUACGAGCGAAAGUAGACGGCGAAACAGAGAGAGAGAGUCUUUCUCGAUUGACACCGAGGAGGAAAUUGAUGGGCAGUUUUAGAGCUAGUUAAAGCUUAGAUUGUAAGGAAAUUAUAAGAGCCAUUUUGUGAGUUGUGAAGCGGUUUUCAACUUCCAGCUGUUUCCGUCCCCUGUUUCAGCCAUAGGAGGACAAGAGUUUCAAUUUUAACCUUUUUUUUAACUGUUGUCUACUUAUUCUUGAGCGUUUACAAGCAGGGAAACGUAACCGAAUCUUACCUUACCUACUGUCUCUUCCAGUGUAGUUACCUUCUAUACUUGAAUAAAGAAAAGUUUACCGUUAGUAUUUAUUCUUAGAUAA